AUGCCGCUGUCCGCGCAGCCGCCUGCCAGCGGCGAGCCGUACGUCCUGGCCGCCAGCCUGGACAACGCCCGCCACCUCUCCAGCCUCCUCAGGGCCGUCCACUUCCAGGACCACGCUACCUGCUUCGCCACGGCCAACGGCCUCAGGGUGACGGUGGAGGACGCCAAAUGCAUCCAGGCCAACGCCUUCAUCCAGGCAGAAAUUUUUCAGGAAUUUGCUGUUCAGGAGGAAUCGGUGACAUUCCGAAUCAAUUUGUCUGUUCUUCUCGACUGCUUGACCAUUUUUGGCACCAGUUCUUUGCCAGGAACAUCAACGGCCCUUAGGAUGUGUUACCGUGGUUAUGGUUAUCCCUUGAUGCUGUUCUUGGAAGAAGGAGGAGUAGUGACAGUGUGCAAAAUUAACACUCAAGAACCUGAUGAGUUGUUAGACUUUGAUUUCUGCAGUACAAAGGUUGUUAAUAAAAUUAUCCUGCAGUCAGAGGGGCUACGAGAAGCAUUUGCUGAACUGGAUAUGACCAGUGAAGUUCUGCAGAUUACCAUGUCUCCAGAUAAACCCUACUUCAGGUUAUCCACUUUUGGAAAUGCAGGAAGUGCACAUCUGGACUACCCUAAGGACUCUGAUUUGAUGGAAGCAUUCCACUGUAACCAGACCCAGACAAACAGAUACAAGAUUUCUUUACUUAAACCAUCUACAAAAGCACUGGCUUUGUCUUGUAAAGUCUCCAUUCGAACAGAUGCUCAAGGAUUUCUUUCACUGCAGUAUAUGAUUAGGAAUGAAGAUGGACAGAUCUGUUUUGUGGAAUACUAUUGUUGCCCUGAUGAGGAUAUUACUGAAGCAGAACUGUAGGUGUAUGUUGUUUUGGCAUCUAUAUUCUAUUAUGGAUUUAUAAAAUGCUAUAUUUUUUUAUAAAACUGAAUGAAAGCUGUA